AUGGAAGUCAUCCCACAAGCCCAAUUGGCCUUGAUUGAGUGCCCUACAGGAACAAUUCCAAUAUUGCGCAACAACAGAAGGGUCCACAUGCCAGUAGAAACUAUUGAUAAAGUGAUUACCAAUGAAGAACAUGAGGUUGCAGGAGUAGAGUAUUUUGAUGUGCUAUAUGGAACGCGGGCUAAAAUAAAUAUCUAUAAUCCUAUGGUGAAGAAUAAUAGUAAGGAUCUAAGUGCAUCGUGGAUACAAAUUAAUAAGAUAAUAAAAGCAGGUGUUGCAGAUGGGAUAGGGGCUGGUUCUUGGGUAUAUCCAAGCUACAGUUGUGACAAGUUUGCUAGGUUUCAUGUUGCUUGGGUUGAUGGCUUAAAGACUUGCCCUGAUCAUGAUUGUGGGACUUUCGUGCAAGUUAGCUCAAGUGUUGGUAUAGGAGGAAAACUUAAACCAGUUUCUGUCUAUAAAGGACCACAAUACAUGAUAGAUGUUACUAUUUUCAAGGAUCCAAUGACUAGACAUUGGUGGGUGGCUUAUGGUCCACAAAACAUACAUAUUGGAUACUGGCCAAGGGAAAUUUUCCAUUUCAUGAAGGAUGAAUGUAAUUAUGCAUUAUGGGGUGGAUAUGUUCAAGGUCCGACGGCGUCAUCAGACUCUCCACAAAUGGGUAGUGGCCAUUUUGCUUCCGAAGGACUUGGAAAAGCAGCAUUUGUAAGAAAUAUCGAAAUUUUAAAUAAGGAAAACAAGUAUGUUAUUCCAGAUGACAGGAAAUUUGGGUAUGUCGCCACCAAUUUAUCCAAAUAUACUGCAAAUAGUUAUGUUGAUGGACAUAGCCACUUUGGUGUGCAUACUUACUAUGGUGGACCUGGUGGUUUUGUUUGA